AUGUCGAUGGCACUGCCACCAAAUUGGCAACGGUACACAACCGAAGAUGGCAAAGAAUACUUUCACAAUGCUGUUAUGAACAAGACACAGUGGGAUCGACCCAGCUGGGACGAGGCUUCUGGCACAUCAGAUGUGUUUCAGUACAAGCCCACUGCUGCAGACCUGGAGGUUCGUUCUCAAACCACCCCUGUCUCAACUGGCCGCCAGGAGUUAGACGACAUCUUCAUGGGGGCAGCUCCGCAGGCCAGCGAGCUGGUAUCUUUGAAAGACGAGCCCACCGGAACCAUGGGUUCGAGCAGCCAGAGUGCCACGCAAGGUUCGCACAUCCCACCGCAGGCACCAGCAGGCGCUGGUGGGCUCGGUGGCUAUGCUGCAGGGUUUGCCGCAGGUGCCGCUGCUGCCACAGCAGGGGGUGCUGCGCCUGCUGAGCAAGGUGGCGUCACAGGUUUUUCAGCCUGGGUAUUGGCACUUGCUCAAAGCCUCUUUGACGUCAGCACAGAUGAUGUGGUUCGUCGGCUGAAGUUGCUCUCGCCCUAUCCGGCUCCAGACAGGUCAACGGCCGAGGAGAUGCGGGCCCGUCCUGACUUCUACGGACCCUUCUGGAUCGCCACUACGGCCGUGCUUUUCCUAGCAGCCACAGGGAACUUCGCUAGGUUGGUCGAAUCGGAGCACCCCAGCCUCUUCAAGGCAGACUACAGCUUGGUGCCCCUGGCUGCGAGCAUUAUCUACGGGGGCUUGAUUGCGGUGCCGCUUUUAGCACGAGUGUCCGUGUUCUUCACGGAUGAGGAGGUCGGAAACAUUGACUUCAAGCAGAUCAUUUGCGUGUGUGGGUAUGGACUGGCUCCUUCGAUUCCAGUGUCCAUUCUUUGCAUCAUUCCAGUUUCCUUCCUUCGAUGGGUCUUUGUGCUUGGAGGGCUGGCCCUUUCCGUCUACUUCUUAAGGGCCAACUUGCUCAUGGACUUCUCAGUCAAGGUGCGAUGGCUUCAGCUGACGCUCAUCGUGUCCCCUGUGCUCCUGCAGGUUUUGGUCUUCUUCAUCUACAGGGUGCGGUUCUUUGCAGGCGACCGGCAGUGA